AUGGCCGGCCGCGAAAAAUCACCCGAGCAGGACUAUGACCUCGAACGCCCAGGAAAGAAGGCGUACUACGAGCCACAGAUUGCUGUACAGACGCAAGACGUGUACUCGGAUGACGCGCUGGACCCAGUUUAUCGAGCGAAAGCUAAGAUACUGAACGAUGCGCUACAAGAGAUUGGCAUGGGCAAGUACCAGUGGUACUUGUUCUGCGUAGCUGGAUUUGGAUGGUUCUCCGACAAUUUAUGGCCGAUUGUGACCGGCUUAAUUCUGACGCCCGUGGUGAACGAGUUCAACUUUGAAGGACCCUGGCUUAAGUUAGGCCAAAACAUUGGUCUCCUGGUUGGUGCUGCCUUCUGGGGUCUCGCGUCUGAUGUCUGGGGACGAAGAUGGUGCUUCAAUAUCACGCUGUUCAUUACUGGCGUCUUCGCCACCGCAGCCGGUGGAUCAGCCAACUACAUUGCUCUGUGCUCACUAGCCGCAGUCUGGAGUGUCGGAGUUGGUGGGAACUUGCCUGUUGAUUCCGCGGUAUUCCUAGAGUUCAUACCGGCUUCCCACCAGUACCUCCUCACUGUCCUUUCCGUCUGGUGGGCAUUUGGUCAAUUAGUCGGCAGUCUCAUCGCCUGGCCUCUGAUCGCGAACUACUCCUGUCCAACCACUACUCCGCCUUCACCGUGUCCGCGGUCGUCGAAUGAGGGAUGGCGUUACUUUCUUUACACAAUGGGCGGGCUGAUGCUCGUCCUCUUUAUUAUCCGCUUCUUCGUCUUCCAUCUCUACGAGUCCCCGAAGUACCUCAUGGGGCGCGGAAGAGACAAAGAGGCGGUGGAGGUUGUGUGGAAAGUCGCGGAGUACAACGGUAUGAAAAGUAGCUUGACGCUCGAGCAGAUGCAGAAAGCAGGAGAGCUCCGAGUCAGCGACAAGGAUGAGGAGAUGGACACCAGUGCACGAGCGGCGAUUCUCAGGAAGCUGAGGAUGUUCCGCUGGGAGCACGUUAACGCGCUGUUCGCGACUAGGAAAUUGGCCUGGUCUACAAGUCUGCUUAUCAUUCUGUGGGCCCUUAUCGGUCUCGCCUUCCCUCUCUAUAACAGCUUUGUGACCUACUUCCUGGCUACCCGCGGCGCCGACUUCGGCGAUGGUUCGACCUACAUCACCUAUCGUAACCAAGUCAUCUUGAGCGUCAUCGGCGUUCCGGGUGCUAUAAUCGCAGGUUGGAUGGUUGAUAUACCAUGGCUUGGUCGUCGCGGGACUCUUUCAAUCUCAACGAUCCUAACCGGAGUGUUCCUCUUCGCAUCCACGACCGCACGGACCUCCGACGCCCUCCUCGGGUGGAAUUGUGGAUACAGUUUCACUUCCAACAUCAUGUAUGGUGUGCUGUACGCCGUUUCUCCGGAACUCUUCCCUACGAAGGACCGAGGAACCGGGAACGCCAUCGUGGCUACUGCCAACCGUGUGUUCGGAGUUAUGGCUCCCAUUAUCGCCUUGUAUGCCAGCCUCACAAGUGCGGUGCCCAUUUGGAUUUCCGGAGCUCUGUUUCUCGUGGCAGGUUGCAUUGCACUCCUGCUGCCCUUCGACCCUCAGGGCAAGGCCUCUCUUUGAAUACACAGACACAUAUCUUCUGUCUUCGUUGCUUUACUAUUGGAUGAGAAUAAAAACACAAAAGCCAUGUUGGUGUACAUACGUGGUCAUAUUACAUGCAAUAAAUAUCGACAGCUCUAUCUCG